AUGAAAAACUAAUAGAAUAUUGAGGGGGAAAGGACUAUGAAAAAGCAAUUUAAGUUCUUUGAUUUCUUUUAAUACAUAAGCAAUACAAAUAAGCUUUUACUAAUUAUUGGAACAUUCUCAGCAGUAGCUACUGGGACCUUGAUCCCUGUAGGUGAUGUUUUUUUAGGGGAUAUAUCUGAGGCUUUUGAUCCAUACUCAAACACGACAGGAAGGAAGCAAAUUCUUAUAGAUGUCACUAAAAGAAUAGCGAUAGUAGCUUCUUUUAUAUGGCUUUGUGGGUAUCUCUACUUUGCAUUAUGGCAAUUAGUAGCAGAAAAUAUUUCCUUCGAUCUAAGAGUGAGAUUUUUGAAAGCAAUUUUGAGGCAGGAAAUAAGUUUCUAUGAUGAAGUAAAGAUAGAGCAAUUACCAGCCUCAAUCGGGGAAAAAUUUUUCCAAAUUUAAGAAUCAAUUGGCCAGAAGUUCUCAACAAUUAUUUUUACUUUAUCAAACAUAACAGCAUCUGUAGUCUUAUCUCUUGUGUAUGGGGUUGAUCUUGCACUUAUUUGUUUGACUAUAUUCCCUCUAGCUAUCUUUUUGAUAAUUAUUAUUGGAGGCUUUGUAAAAAAGGCUGCUAAUAUUUCUUCUGAGAAAAUGAAUAUAUUAGGAGGUAAAAUAGAGGAAAGCUUAUCAGGAAUUAAAGUAAUAUCAACAUUUGCUCAAGAAGAAAGUGAGAUUGAAGAUUUUAAUCGUAAAGCAUAUAAUGCUAAAGAUUUCAGUAUUAAAUCAGAAUACUUCACAAGUGGAUUUAUAGGCAUACUUAAAUGCGCUAUAUAUGGUAGCUAUGGAUUCAACAUGUGGAUGGCAACUUUAUAUCUUGAUAAAUCUAAAGUAAAUCCAUGUACAGGCAAGCCCUAUACCUAGCAAGACAUCGUAUCCAUUCUUUUUGUGAUACUAACUUGUACUUCUUCAGCUUUUCAAUUAAUUCCUAACUUCUCAGCUUUAGUAAAAGCCAUUUAAGUGGGUGAAGAAAUAUUUAAAAUAAUCAAUAGACAACCAACUAUUCAAAAUAAUAAUAAUUGCUUAUACAAUAUGCCUAAUUUCGAUAAAAUCGAAUUUAUAGAUGUCUCAUUUAAGUAUCCAAAUGCUAAAUAAAACACUUUGGAGAACUUGAAUUUUGAGAUUAAAACUAAUUCUACUACUGCUAUUGUUGGCGCAUCAGGGUCUGGUAAAAGUACUAUUAUAUAAUUAUUAGAGAGAUUUUAUGAUCCGUAACUAGGGUAAAUCAAAAUGGGCGAUGUAGACAUUAGAGAAGUUUCAUUAGAAACAUUACGUGAAUCAAUUGGCUAUGUUUAGUAAGAGCCUGUUUUGAUUAUAGGUACAAUAAGAGAUAACAUCUUGUUAGGAAAUAUAGAUGCAAGUGAUGAAGAUAUAAAAAAUACAGUUAAAGUUGCUAAUGCAAGUUUCAUUUAUGAAUUGGAAAAUUAACUUGAUACCUAUAUUGGCUCAUCAUCACUUAUAAAUCUUUCAGGAGGGCAAAAACAAAGAAUAGCUAUAGCAAGAGCUUUAAUAAAGAAGCCUAAGAUACUUAUUCUCGAUGAAGCAAAAUAUUAAUAGGCAGAAAAAAUACUUAUAAUAAGCUUUAAUUAACAUUCAAAACUAAGGAAAUAGUUUGACGACAAUAAUAAGACUAUAUUGACAGCAGUCAAGGGCACUCAUUAAUAUGCCUCUAUACUACAAGAACUGGAUUAAAACUAAGAAUUCGAGGAAUUGGUUGAAAAUUUUAAAAUUGAACAAUACGAUAUUUAAUACUAAUCGGAUUAAGAAGACUGGCCAUCUACUAUACAAUAAAACAAAUCUCCAAGAUUAAAUACAGCUAGAGAUCUUGAAAAUUCCCAAAUCUCUGAUGACUGUAACUAGAUAUCACCUGAUGACCUCAUGGUUACUAGCUAGCUAGCAUCUCCAGCUACAUCUCUUAUUUCCUAGAUCAAUAAGCAUUAUGGACCCAGAUAUUUGAUAAUUCUUACAAUGAUAGUUAGCUUUAUUAAUGCUUUUGCUUUUCCAUUAAAUGGAAUGAUAUACAUGAAAAACCUUUUCAUAAUCAUGAAAUACCAUUCUAGUACUUUUAUCGAAGAUAGAAAUUAUUGGUGCAGUCUUUACAUUGUAUUAGCUCUGGGUACAGGACUAUUUGAUUUUCUUACAAGAAGCUUACACAAGCAUUUAGGUGAGAAUUUGUCAUGCUCUAUCAGAACCAAGCUUUACUCCACAAUAAUAAAAAAGAAUGUAAGUUGGUUUGACAGGAAAGACAGAGCUCCUGGAAUCUUGAUAAGUCUUUUCUCAGAAGAUAUUACUGCCUUAAAUGGAUUGACUGGGGAAACUAUCUCUAAUAUUCUUGAAGCUAUAUUAACUUUGGUUGUUGGUGCAAUUAUCGCAGUAUUUUAUCAUUGGAAAAUGGCUCUUGUAUCUCUUGCUACAGCACCUUUCGUAAUGUUUGCUGGUGUUGCCUUAUAACUUGUGAUAUGGGAUAGGACUAAGAGUUCUAGUUAGCAAAGUGGCAAGGAUUCUUAAGUCCUGGAUCCUUAUGAUAAGGCUAAUGCCUUGGUUUCUGAUGUCUUAAUGAACUAUAUGACAGUAAUAAGCUUUGGGCCUAAGAACAUUGAAUACCUCCUGUAAAAAUAUGCUAGUUUUCUAGAGGAACCAAUGAGAAAAGGAAAAAGAUCUGCCCAUUUUUCAGGCUUCUUAUUCGGUUAUUUCCAAGGUGUUAGAUUUUUGUAUUUUGCAGGAAAUUUUUACCUAGCAACAAUCUUUAUCUUCGAUCAAAAUGAUGACCCAGAACAGACAUUCAUAGCAAUAUACACAGUCAUGAUGGCAGCUUUUGCAGCAGGUUCUUCUAUAUCAUUAAUCCCUUCAUUUUCUAAAUCAAAGCAUGCAGCCAACAAAAUUUUUGGAAUCAUUGAAGAUGAGAAAAUUAAAAACCCAAAAAUUUCACAACUAGAAAAAGCUUAACUGCUUAAUGUAAAUUAAGGAAUGAUAGAGUUUAAAAAUGUGGAUUUCAGAUACCCUUCUAGGUAAUAAAAGAUUUUGAAAAAUUUAUCGUUCAAAAUUCAUGCUGGAAUGAAGGUAGCUAUUGUUGGACACUCAGGUAGUGGCAAGAGUACAAUAGCAAGUUUGAUUUUAAGAAUGUAUGAGAAGAUGCAAGGGCAAAUCUUAAUUGAUAAUAUUGAUUUAGAGAGUUAUGAUGUUAAGACUCUAAGAUCUUAGAUUGGCUAUGUCAUGUAAGAGCCAAAGCUAUUUAACAUAAGUAUUAAAGACAACAUUAUCUAUGGAAAUAGGAAAGCCACUAACAGAUAAAUUAAAGAGGCUGCUUAACUAGCUAAUUGUUUACAUUUCAUUGAAUAGGAUGAGUAAGACAAAGAUUAAAAAGAAUAAUAGCAAAACCUAAUAGAAAACCUUAAAGAAGUGAUUUAAUCAAAGUUAAAGUCAUUAAAUUAUUUUUCAAACCUUGAAGAAUAGGUUGCUUUAUUAUCCGAAGAAUGUACUCUCAAUGCUAGAACAAUUGAAUUAAUGACCUAAAUAUUCCUAAAAUCUGAUGAUAUAAGCUAGGUUAAAAUGAUUGAAACAAACUUUGAAAGAUUCAUCGAAGUAAUACGAAUUUAUAGCUCACUAACAACUUCUUCCUGGGUUGAGAUUCUAAAUGGAAUAUAAUUUCUUCAUGAUAUCGAGAAGCUAUUCGAGGAACAUUAAAAAGAUUUAGAGACCAUUUAAAUAUGUUAAAUAGAAUAGAUUAUUAUGAAAUAUCAAAUCUAGAAACCUUAUUCCCAAACUUUAAUCGAUCUUUUGAGAGAAGAAAUAACGCUCACGUUAGAGUAAUAAGCAAAACUUGCCAUACUAUUAGAUCAGUUAUCUUUGAGUAAUAAUAAUAAUCACAAAUUUCACAUUAAAAAUGAUGAGAAUGAUGAUACCUUGCAUUAAGGAUUUAACAAGAUAUGUGGAUUAUAAGGUGCAAUGCUAUCAGGAGGAUAAAAACAAAGAAUUGCUAUUGCUAGAGCUUUAAUUAAAGAUCCCAAAAUACUUAUUCUUGAUGAAGCUACCUCUGCUCUUGAUGAACAAUCUUAGAAUAAAGUAUAAUAAGCUCUAGAUAGAGCAAUGGAAGGCAGAACUAGUAUCAUAAUUGCUCAUAGACUUUCAACUAUUAGAAAUUGUGAGCGGAUAUUGGUAAUGCAUAAAGGCGAGAUUAUAGAGCAAGGAACAUUUAAUGAACUUUCUGAAAAUCCCUAUUCUUAUUUUUAUAAGCUAAAAUCAGGAAUGGAAAUGUGA